CUUGCCCUCCCAUGUUCCCCACUUUUCAUCUGUUUCAUGCAAACCUGCUGCUUCAGUCUGACUCAAACUGAACAGGCUUCAGAUCUGUAGACCACCUGCGCUUACGCCAUGAGCUGCCAAACCGUCCUCCCCGUCUCCGUCCACCAGGCAGAGGCAGAAGGCCUCGCCUCGACGCCCCUGUCGGUGGACUCUGCAGAGCGGUGUGAGGAACAUGAAGAGAGCCUGACCCUGUUCUGUUUGGAUGACCUGGAGCCUUUAUGUGAACAGUGUGCAGCUGUGAGCCACGCAGAACACAGGGUUUACCUCCUGGCUGAGGCUGCUACUGACUGCAAGGAGGAGCUCAGAACAUCACUAAACGGACUGAAGAAGAAGAUGAUUGACUGUGAGGAAGUCACACAGACCUGUGAACAUGCAACCAGACAUAACCAGGCUGAGGCCAAAUGCACAGAGCAGCACAUGAAAAAGGAAUUUGAGAGUCUUCACAAGUUUUUGGUAGAGGAGAAAGUAGAAAGGCUAGUGGCGCUCAGAGAGGAGCAGCAGGAGAAGAAGAGAGAUGCAGAAGAACAGAUGGACGGCAUGAAUCAGGUGAUCAAAUCUCUGGAGGAGAAGAUCCAGCUGGUUGAAGAGGAGCUGGAUGCAGGAGGAGACGGGGUGGGAUUUUUAGAGCACUACCAAGACAUGAUGAUUAGCACAUGGGCAGAUCACAGGGAGCCACAGAACACACCUCUAAUAGAUGUAGCCCAACACCUGGGUAACCUCAAGUAUGCUGUGUGGCAGAAGAUGAAACACAUCGCCCCAUACACUCCAGUGACCCUGGAUCCCAGGACAGCUGGCCAGUUUCUGAGGGUGUCUCCUGGGUUAAACAGCGUCCAUAUCACCCCUGGACCCUCACAGGGACUGGGACAGAGUCUGGAUGUCCCGGUCCCAGCUAACCCUGAACGUUUCCAUCCUUAUUCCUGCAUCCUUGCGAGAGAGGGCUUUGACUCAGGAGUGCACUGUUGGGAUAUUGAGGUUGGUGACACCAACAAUUGGACAGUCGGUGUGGCUGCUCAGUCAGUGUCCAGAAAGGCAGAGUUUGAGGCCUGUCCAGAGGCAGGACUCUGGUGCAUCAGCCUGCAAGAAGGCGAGUACCUGGCUCUGACCGCUACCACUCGGACCCUAAAGUCACCCCACCUCAGCAGGGUCCGUGUGACGCUAGACUGGGAUGAAGGGACGCUGGAAUUCAUGAACGCCGAUACUGACAUGAAUCUUUUCACAUUUAGACAUCGCUUUACUGAAAAGGUAUACCCAUACUUUGAGAGUAUAUCGUCGUGUGGGGGCUUUGUUGUGUUGGCACAGAGAGUGAAGGUCAGCAUGGGGUCAGAUGAUGUCCCCGUGGAGGACACUGAUAUCGCUGAGGAGGAUCAGGGGAUGAAAAGGGAAUCUAGCACUGAGGGAGACAUUAACGCUGAAUUGACCAACAGCAAUGGCAAGAUGUCAGAGUGUGAACAUCUGACUGAAGACAAAAACUUGCUGAUGUGUUCUAUGAGAGAGAAGAAGAAAACCAAACGUCAGAGAUGCACCACGAAGGACCAGCUCAAUAAAACAAAACCUGCUGAGAAGGAAAAGACAAAAGACGACAAACCUGCUUUCAAUAAAAAGAGCAGCAAGCCCAGGUUCACUGUGACCUACCAUGUUUCACUGAGACUUCAUCCACAAUGAAUCUGACAUUCACAAACAAAUCCAGAUGAAUCAUGUUCAUGGUAUCGGCGAGAACGCCAGUCUAUGCACCGAUCCGAUACCAUCAUUUAUUAACCCAGAGAAAUAUCAACUUGUUUAACCGUAAAUCAACUCUUCGUCACCGCUCCAAAACAGUAGCCUUCACUGUGCUGUUGCCCUGGAUGCAUCACGGCUGCCACUGGCAACCACUGUUUUAGAGCCGUGAAGAAGAUCUGAUUGCAGGUAGUUUGUCACGUGACGAUAGCAAACAACAACUGUGCGGUGCGAGUGGAGAGUGCAACGGUAACGGUAGUCAGAAGUUCAGGUAUCAGAAUCGGUAUCGGGAAGGAAAAAAUGGUAUCGGAACAUCUCUCUUCCUGAUGAAUUGUAAUUAAUUUGGUAAUCCCUUGACUUUUCAUUUAGCGACAUCAUGGGGUCAAAAUUUGGUUUAUGACCAAAUACCUGCAAAACUAAUGACCCUAUUAAUUAUUCCCAUCAGCCUCAGCUGUACUUUUAGUGCUAUUAGCAAAUGUUAGAAUGCUGACAUGCUAAACAUCAACAUAUUAGCAUUUUCAUUGGGAACAUGUUAGCAUGCUGACAUUAGCAUUUAGGUCAAAGCACCACUGUGUCUGAGUACAGCCGCUUGCAAAGAUGUAGACGACGAUGAGUCUUGUGGUGCCUUCAAAUGGGGUCGUGUUUACCGUGUUUACGAGUUUAGCCCAUAUGAACGCCCCCCUCUUGUGGUAUUCACGACCUCGUAAGUGGAAAGUUUCUGAAAGCUCCGAGUUCACGACUUGUGACAUGUUUUGUUGACGUUGUGAGAAAUGGUGGAGCCCAAGGAAGUUAAUUUUUCGGUGUAUAAUAACUUAAUAUAUUGAAAUUUUAGUCGUAUAUUGUAUAUACGACUAUGUGAGGAAAAUGUAAUCCCAAUUGCCUCAUCUUUUUCCUCUGUCAUUAUGCCUUUGCAUUUCCUGUUACCCACUCUGUUAUGUUACCCACUUGCUAGCCUGCUAAAUUGUUAGCCCCUGUGGCUUCUAGAUGCCGACAGUAACGUUACUAUUGCCGUGGCCUGGCAUCGGUGUUCUCACGACUUAACCACUUGAGCGCCACACCUAUCGUUUUACACAACUUCCCA